CCUUCAAUGAAAGCUGAGACGGGAUACGGUUAGGUGCUGCAGAGCUGUGACCAGGAGUGUUUUCUCUCCCGCGUUUGUUUUAUCACACCUUAUGCUGUGCGCUGGAGCCUUUCUAUUCUACUGACUGUUGUUUUGUUGAAUAUACAAUAUAUCAAAAGCACUUCAUUGUGAUGAUAGACAAUUUUGGACUCCCCGAUUGAUGGUAUGCGUUUUUGGAAAUAGGGCACACUUCUGGACGUGUUAGGUUGUCAAUAGCUGUUAUUGUUCCUACUUAUACUCUGAUUUUAUCUCAGUUAUGGCUUUCUACUCCCGGUUCGUGCUCGUCUUGCUUUAUGGAUGGAGUUAUCUGUGCGUUGGAUUCUGCGCGAUGUUGAAAACGGACAGCUUCCCCGAGAGACUAAAGGUGGAUUUUACGCACUCGGUGGAUAAAAAGUACGCUGCCAAGAAUGAUCGGGACGUGCAUUUGCAGGAUACAAUGACGGAGCACAUGCAGAUGCUUUACGCCAAGUACAACCGGGCUGGGUAUCCCUUCAGGGACGGCAACACAGUCCGCAGCUUCAAAGCGCACUGGGGCACAAUAAACAACAAGCAGCUGCAGGUUUUUAACCUGACCUCCCUCACCAAGUCCGAGGAUGUUCUGUCAGCAACUCUUCAUUAUUACAUCGGAGACCUUCAGAACAACACCCAGGGCUGCUCAACACCCAAACACUGUGCCCGCCAUGGUCCCAGGAGACAUAGCCACAUCCAUAUGGUCAUCUGGAGCUUUGCUUCUGUGGACAACAAGAUGAGGAGUCUGGGACACUUUCGGAUAAAUGUGUCCACCCUCUACAGAGACUUCAUAUCGUGGCAGUGGAGGGACAUUACUCGCGUGGUCAAUCAGGCCAAACACCAUGAUGAGCUGCUCAUCGGGAUCGACAUUGCCUCGCAAGGUCCUCAGCCGUGGAAGAAGCUCCUGUCUGACCGUUCGCCCUACAUCCUGGUUUAUGCCAACGACUCUGCCAUCUCGGAGCCUGAAAGCGUAGUAGCCACUCUCCAGAGACACCACUCAUUGGGAGGUGAGGGUUCCAUUUCACAUAGUUUCCAUAAGUUGAGAGAGCGCAACAACACUGAGCAAGAACAGCUGCACUCCAGACAUAAGCGGUCAGCGAACGUACUUCUCCCUUUGCAAAACAAUGAGCUUCCUGGACCCGAGUAUCCUUAUGAGACUAGAGGAUGGGAUGAGACGAGCCCAUACGAGCCUCUAGAAAACAAGCAGCCCCGUCGGCCACGCAAAAAGAGCCGCAAGAAUCAGCGAUCCAAGAAUCCUCUUCUGCAGUUUGACGAGCAGACCAUCAAAAAGGCACGAAAGAAGCAGUGGAAUGAGCCCAGGAAUUGUGCUCGAAGGUACCUCAAGGUGGACUUUGCAGACAUCGGGUGGAGUGAAUGGAUUAUAUCACCAAAGUCUUUUGAUGCCUACUAUUGUUCGGGAUCCUGCCAGUUCCCAAUGCCAAAGGCUCUGAAGCCCUCAAACCACGCGACCAUCCAGAGCAUCGUCCGGGCCGUGGGCGUCGUGCCUGGCAUCCCUGAACCGUGUUGCGUCCCAGAGAAGAUGUCCUCCCUCAGCAUCCUCUUCUUCGACGAGGACAAGAACGUAGUGCUGAAAGUCUACCCCAACAUGACUGUCGACUCCUGCGCCUGUCGAUAGUUCAGCUUCCUGUCUGCAGCAGUACCUCAUAUUACAAAAACAACUAAAGAAAAACAACAUCUUGCAACCUGAAACAAACAUCCACUGAGCACAGCUUCCCUUUUGCACUGGAGGAGAGUGCCACCUGCUGUUCCAGGUGAAGAAGAGACUGAUCAGUUGAGGGGUAGAAAUGGAUGACAUUGGCAUGACUCAGCACUGACUGACUCCUUAUCUGCGUAUUUCUCAUCUAACUUGCAUUGGGUUACAGCAGGGUGGGACAAAUCACACGAAAUGAGGCAUAAAAGAGACAGAAACUUAGGGAAAAAUAUGAAUCAUUAAGAAAAACCAAUCUCAGCUGGAACUGAUGGCUGUGGUGAGGGCUGAGGGGACGUGUUCACUCAUCAUUCUCUCCUUCAUAGCACGAAGUCCACUGUAUCCAUAAAAAGUCACCUCUGCUCGCACUUGCAUGGUAUUUGUUACUCUGUGUAUGUAUUUAUGUCUGUACUAUCACUGUGUUAUUCGCUAUAAAAGAGGAUUUUGUAUAAUUACUGGCUUGGCUGCUAUAGAGGAUUAUAUUAGGUUCCAAAGCCAGAGUUUUGACGUAUAAACCAUAGAUUUACACGUUUGUGUUCAGAUUACUGCUCCACUAAGUUUUUUGUUUUUACUUGGUGCAGGAGAGUAAGCUACAUUUUGUCUGUAUUUUUAUAGAGAUCUGAUAUUUCAGAAAAUAUUUUACUUCAGUAUGAAAGAAGUGAUUCUGAACUUAAAGGGUUUGUCCAUAUUUUUUAAAGGGGGAUUCUGUUGACACUGUAUGAGUAGUAAACAUCUUACCUGCGGUAGAUUCCUCUCUUAGCCUCUUUAUUUUGAUGAAACAAAGAUUAGCUUUUCCAGUCAAUGGCUAGUUCAGGCCAAGAUACAAGAGGCCUUCUGUCCUUUAAAACAAAUACAAUUGUAACAACAGUAAAGACGUGUCAUAGACUGUGGAUGAACUAUGUUUUCAGCCCAAAUACCAUUAGAUGUCUAUGUAAACAACUUUAUAAUACAAAUGCAGCAGUGGUUUAGUGCACAAACCAGUAUUUGCAUAAACCAGUAUGCAGUUUUGAAUCUGGAGUUGGUUCAAGAUUUUUACUAACUAGCUGUUAGCUAGAUUACUGAUCUCUAUUUCGUCUAAGUGAAGACUACACUCUGCAGGCAAGAUAUUUACUACAUGUACCUUAUGAACAGAACCCCACAAAAAAUAUUCAAACUAACCCUUUAAGGGAAAACAGCAAAUCAAACAAAAAUGCUUCUCUAGAACAAAACUCCAGGCCCUUAAAUUUAGCUAAUUCUUGUUGGGAUGUUCCAAACCCUUCUUAGAUAAGGAAAAUAAAUCACAGAAAUCUAUAAUAAAUAAUUGCAGAAGCCUGAUAUCAGACUUAAAAUAUUUGUUUGCAAUCACACAUAGCAAUGCAACUAUUUUUGUAUUCUAAAAUGUUCCUGUUGUCUUUUCUCUAAUUGAGAAUAAUUGUUAUGAAAAAUAACAUUUACAAAGUGCCUUAAUGCAUAUUUUUUCCUGAACAAAAUGUAUAUUCUAUCAAAAUAUAGGGCUGCUCUAAAACAGUUUUGCUUUACAUAUCAUUCAGGCUUUAAGCUGAUUGUUAUUGCAAAAACAACUAUGCAAGUAUGUAUGUAUUCGCUUAAGUAUUUUACCUUGAAGCCUUUAAUUGAUCAGCAUCACCUUGAUUUUUCUCUUUUCAGAGUGAGUGAUGGUACCCAUGGCACAAGGGUGACAACUUUUAAAUGGCUAAAGUCGCAGGAAAUAAAAACAAAUACACCAAAAUUGUUUAUGACGAGUUGGAAUUUGAUAAGAGGAGUUAAUGCUUUUUCUUUUCUUCUUUUUAAAAGGUUAUUUCAAUAAUACCAAAAGUGAUGAACUUUACCCAGUUACCAAGGAAGUCUGUGGACUUCAUGAUGCUGGUUGGAUAAUUCAGUUAAGUUUUGACAUAAAUUAUUCAGGGGUUUGCUGUUUGAUCACAUGUACUCUGAUUCAGGAAACCAUUGAACAACCAGAAGUGAAGUUUACAGGUCAUAAGAUUACAGCUAAAAAGCAGAUAUUUAUUAAGUGCAGACAGCCUUUAAUAGAGCAGAAAACUUUUUUUUUUUUUUACAUUCUUGUACAUUGUUUUGUAUAUAUCUCACUGUUUAAAGCCUUCUCUUGAAAGCUUCAGCGCAACUCCGUCAUUCAGAUAACAGACCUCGCUCAACAAUGAAGCACAACUGCAACAAGCAGCUGUGGAUAUUUAUGUGGUACAAAUUAGCUAGCCUACAAAUUGUGACUGUAUUACUUCUUUUGAUAGCUAUUAUCCUCAGUGGACUUUAUUUUUGGAAUUAAUAUUUCACAAUUUUGAUAUUCAGAGAUGUUUAUUUUGCAGAUGGUCUAACUUUGUUUUUUGUACCGACACAUUUUCAAAGCGUGCCUCCUUAGCAUACAGAAGCAAUCAAAUGCAUGCUGCAUAAUGAGACUGAAGACUCCUUUAUGCAGCUCUGACAGUCAGGAGUGCACUUCAUAAAUACAUAAAUUAAAACAGGACCGUAUAUAAUCUGUUUUUUAAAAAGCUUAUUCAUCCUUACUGCUCAAACUAUCUUGUAAAUGUUAGAUAAAAAAUAAAUGCCUGUACAAUAAGCUUCAUAAAAUAUAUUUGUAUAUGGAAAACACUUUACCAUGCAUAUAUUUAUUUACUGUAUGUUGCAUAUCUUGUAAUGGUGUGGCUUGGAGAAGGAGAACUAAGCUGGGGAGCACUGAUGGUCGUUUUAGUCGCUGAUGGACAUAUAUGUCACUACUGAUGUGAAAAAAGUGUGAUGAACUGUUAAAAGGUCUCCCUGCUCAAAGCUCCGACUCUUCUUCCAAAGCAUUCAAAGAAAUGGAUAAAAUUAUGCAAGAUUUACAUCUUUCAAUGUUUUUUUUUUUUUUUUUGGAAACUGACGAAUUUCAAAAUAAAAAAACAUUUUUUUCCUCCUU